AGGACGCAACUCCCUGGGUGUGUCUGGGGAUACCGAAGCCUUACUGUGUUGAAUGUGUCACCUCUCCCAGUUGGAGUAUGUAAUUGAUUUAGUAAAGGAACAACAUGCACUAUCACCUACGCAUCGCAGGUGUCAAAAAAUACGUCAAUGGAUGCCAAAACUUUGAACCCAGUUACUCAAUAACUAUGUUAAUGUGACUCAAAAUAGUUUGGCACUGAGUUCUAUGGUUACAUCAUCCCCAAUAGGAAAUUCAAACAACAUUAAAUCACUUCUUAAUUUUACUAAUAACCACUACAAACAUCAGCUUUGCCAUCACCAGAAUAAAUUUAAAUUUAAAUAUAUUAAAAUGGAGUAUGGUAGGAUUUUAAAUAAUAUACAUUUAAAUUUUAAUUUAACAACCUUGUUUUUAUUUUGGCCAAUCUGUGUGUGUUUUUUGGUUUUUACACAUUAUGUUUACCUGUGAUGGUAAUUUAAUAUUCAAUACAGUCAGGGAUUAAAACUGUAUUUAAUAAAAUACACAGAAAAUAAAACAGCUCAUAUAAAAGUUAUAAGAAAUAUGUUGAGCUCCUGAUAGACCAGCAUUUUGUAAAUGUGAAGUGCCUUUAACUGAUCUGUUGUGUACAAACCAACGUAGCCCAUUUUUAAGACUUUCCACCUCUGCUCCAUAUUCGUUCAUAAAACAUGACAAGAUAUUAAGAUAAAUGAGCAAUUUUGGCCUUGAACGGUCUAUUGUUCACUUGAGCACGUGCAAACCGGUUUCGUUGAGAGCUCAUAUGGGGUGAUGGAGUAAAACCCCGGACUGGUUUAUCAGGUUCUGGUCCGGGCGGAGUACAUAAAAACCGCCCGCAGACUCCUGCAUUCGGUCGCAAUCAUGAUCUAUCUCAUCAUUCCCGUUGCGCUCGUCGCAGCUCUUUAUGUCGUCUUGGUGGAGACGUUGUUUAAGAAAUCAACAUGUAAAGGAACCGCUGAUUUGUCUGGGAAAACGGCUAUUAUUACAGGCGGGAAUACUGGUAUCGGUAAGGCCACAGCUCUAGAUCUGGCUGGUCGUGGAGUAAGAGUCAUUCUGGCCUGCAGAAACCAGAAGAAAGCUGAGGCAGCUAUAAAUGACAUCAAGAAGGCUACGGGAAGCAAUGAUAUCCUGUUUAUGGAGCUUGAUCUUGGAAGCCUCAAAUCUGUGAGAGCUUUUGUUGAAAACUUCCUCAAAUCUGAGUCAAGACUGGAUCUGCUCAUUAAUAAUGCAGGUCUUGUGGCGGAUGGUCGAACCGAGGAUGGUUUUGGCAUAGAGUUUGGUGUCAACCAUCUUGGCCAUUUCCUGCUCACGUGUCUUCUCCUGGACCGCCUGAAGGAGAGUCCCGCUGCUCGUGUCAUCACUCUGUCCUCCAUGGCUUAUCGCUGGGGCAAGAUUGAUUUCGAUUCUCUUGUCACCACCAAAGAUCUGGGGUCGGGGAGAUACAGCUGGCAGUUCUUCCAGGCCUACUGCAGCAGCAAACUCUGUAACGUCCUGUUCACUCACGAACUGGCUAAGAGACUGAAGGGCACAAAUGUCACCUGCUACAGUGUUCAUCCAGGUAUUGUAAAAACCGAGCUCUCUCGCCAUGUGAGUCUCUGGCAAAAAGUGUUCAUCGAGCCAGUGGCCAGACUGCUGUUCCUGGACCCCAAAACUGGAGCCCAAACGACUCUUCAUUGUGCUGUUCAGGAAGGAAUCGAGCAUUUGAGUGGACGAUAUUUCUCAUGCUGCGCUGUGGAGGAAGUCGGCGCCAAAGCCAAAGAUGACGCGGUGGCCAAAAAGCUUUGGGAAGUCAGUGAACGGCUGAGUGGCCUUUCAUAAAGCCGGAGAAACUGUUUCAUUUCUGGUGGCUGGAGACUCUGUGAACUUUAUUUAUCCCUACAGGGGGUAAAAAAACGUAUGAAGUGAUGAAACUGAUUGUGAUAUUUUUGUUUACGGACGCACAAUUAUUUACAAGGUUUACAGUGUUUUAUAUGUUUGUUUACAUUAACUGCUAUAUGCUGGUGUGAGU